AUUUUGAUUUAAUAAUUCCAACAAAAUGAUUAUUAUAAAAAAGAUAAUAAAACAAUAUCAAUAUAUGCCUGUGAAGACAUGAGUAUAUUUCAACAAUAAUCAUUGAAAAUAAAUGCAACGCCACCAUUUUCCAAUAUGAAAUUUCACAGUUCAUUAUAUAUUUCUCUAUCGGCGAACUGGCCUCAUUACGCUCUAUGCGUGUGUCUCUGACUUUGUGAGAGCGCAAAAAAGCGAAGAACAGUUCAUCGAAGAAAAAAAAGCAUCACUCUAAGUAGAUGCGACGAUUUGGUUGGUAUAGAAGUGCAUUAUUCCGACAAUCCGAUUUUAGUUUGACACACUGUCAUUGGUUCCGAACAUUGUUCGCAUAACGGUUAUAUUUUGUCUGUCACUUCAAUAAACGUGGUUCAUGAUUUAGUAAUGUAAUUUAGUUUUGAUUUGAUGUCACAAAAUAUGUUUCAAUUUUUCAAAUUCGUCAUUUUUUCAUCGAUACUAAUCAAGUAUGCACUCGUCAAUAGUGCUGGGCUUGAUAAAAAUGCGAAUAAUGCAGUUCAUCAAACACCUGGAGCUGAUGUAAAUAUUCACGAUGUCAAACUAAAUCAUAUUGCGCAAACAUUGACUGAGAUGAAAGGUCAUUUAACCGAUCAUCAAGUGCAUUACAUUGAACCGAUUCAACGAAAAAUUAAUGGUUUGGUAAAAAUCUUGGAUGUGUUUCGUCUAUUUCAUGCUGGAGCUCCAAUAAAUGGCAUCAUCAUUGCGAACAAUGUUAAAAUCAAACCGAAUAAAAACAAUGUCAUCGCACGCAUUUUCUUAAACGGAUGGAUUCAAUCAAAUGAAACCUCAAUUUCGACACUGAUCGAACGUUUGAAGGCGGCCAAUUUUAAUUUAAGGUGUCGCAUCGUAUUUGAACAUCAAAUCAAAAAGCGAUCAACCGCUGAAACAAAUACAUGGUCCGGACACUCGUUGCACAUUAAUAAAUUAAAAUUGAUAGGUCAAGCGGAGAAAAAUUUCAAACCAAAAAUAUUAAAUGAACGCAACGCCGUUCAUCGUUUGCAUGGAAAAUUGUCGACGAAAUAUUUGGUUGUUAAACAUUUGGAGAGAAUCGCCAACGGAAUGGCCAACUGGCAUAUGAACGGUCGCACGAAACGUUCAACCACAUUGUCAUCAUUGGAUCAUUCGAAAAUUGUUCUAAAUUCAAUAAACAAUAUUAAAUGGUCGGAAUUUGUUAAUACAGUGUAUAGAAAAGGGAUGAACACAACUAUUGUUGGAAAUAUUGUGUUUGAGAAACCAGCGCACACUACAUUUUUGAAUACAGCAGAAACAAACGGCAUUAGAGUAUUCGAAUUAAUGACAAUGGCAACGGACCAAGUGAUCCAGUCAAAUGCUUUUAUUAGAAUGAUUUUUGCAAAUCAUGUAAAUGUACGGAUUUUCAACGAUAUGAGAAACUUUGCAGAUAAUGUCGUAUUAUUAGGAACCGAUGCCGUCAUUGAAUCUCGAGUUAAAGUGAAUGAGUGCCAUAUUAGGGACAGCUUGCAUCUGUCUGAUGAUGAAAGUGAACACAUAACCGAUCACAUUGUGGGCACGCAUUUGGAUGAUUUAGUACAAAUUUACCACGGACGGGUAUUAGUCAGAGGAUCUGUUAAUACGAAUAAUAUCUCCGUUUCGAACCCGGAUCAAGAAGAGACCAUUCGCAGUCAAAUCUUAAUAAAUGGCAUACUAUUUGAUUUACCACAUUUAAGCCAUCAAUAUUGGAUGAAAACAGUUAAUCAGGAUAUCCCUCAUGCAAAUUUCAAUGAACCCAUCACAAGUCCACAGGCAACGAUAAAUCGCAUAAAUGGAUUUUCAAGGACCGAAUAUUUCAUACUGGAUGAUCAAAUUGAUUUUCUUCCAUUGAAUGUUGAUUUUCAAGAUGUCAAAAUCAAAGGGAAUUUAUUUACCGAUAAAAAUUCCAUGACCACAUUACAAAAACUGAAUUCGGAUUCAAUUGCACGAUUGGGAAAUACACAAGUCAUAAUGAAUUCGUCAAUUAUUUUCAAAGAUCGUCUGUUGGUUAAUCACAUGACAUUACAAAUCGAUUCAAAGAAUUUGGUUCGUAAAUCAUUGAAUGGCAUCGUAUCCAAUUCAUUCUUAGCCGAUACACCAAUUCGAAAGCAAUUCAAACAGAAUUUACAUGUAACAAAUAACAUAAUUCCGGCAGAUGUUGAUUUCAGUAAUUUUACAAUUCAUAACUACAAUAAUUACACGGAUGUUUCGAAACAUUUAAAUUCCGUAUUAAUACCAUCAAAUAAGCCGUCACCCUGGCUGGUCAUCGUAUUUGAAACAAAGUGCAAUGCACAUUCAAUGGAUGUACAACACAUUAAACAUCGUUCAGUGCCUUCCUAUGAUAUUCAGACAAUUUUGCAGAGUGCAUCACAUACAGAACAACAUCGAAUCCAAAAACUAACAAUUGAGGGAAACAUUCAAAUUGUUCAUGAAAAUACAAGCGAAGCACCAACGAAUCCAACACAAAUUACCCAACUGAAUGGACUUGAUUUAAAUAAAUAUUUGCAAUUAGUUGUUUUCAAACAAGGACCACAACAAAAUCGGCACGAAUCAAUCGAAAUUGGUGGUGAGAAAGGUUUUAUGGCCGAUUUGAAUAUUGCUUCGGUGCACACCUUCGAAAUAAAUAAACGUAUUCAAACGGAAAAUUGGCUGGAAUCAGUUUUACGUCAACAGCCAGCCGAUACAAAUCAACAAAUAAUCGAAUCAAUGGGAUGGCAAUUUAAUGAAAUAACAUCCGAUAAUUUACAAAUGCAACAUUCAAUCAAUGGCAUUGGUAUUAUGCCAAGCGAUAAUACAACGGAUCACAUCAUUUUUGUGAAUCAUCCACAUGAUCGUGAGACAUUUUUAACAAUUAAUUCGGACAUUUCGCUGUCAAAUAAUGGAAAAAUUGGCUCAAACAGUGAUGUUACAUGCACUGAACUCAGACCAUGCAAUGUCGAUCAUUUACAAUUGAAAACUGUAAAUUUGCCACAAACUACAUGGGAUGAAAUUAAAAUUUUCGGAAAUGUUAAAGUUCUUUCGAACGAUAUGAAUGCAGAUAAAUCGAUACGAUGUACUAAACCAUUAUGCUAUUUACAAAUGAGUUUAUCGGCAACGACAAAUGAAAUUAUUAACGAGAAUAUCGAUUUCAAUUUGUUAGACAAGCACGAUACAUUUUCAUUUAAUAAAAUCACAUCACGACCGAGUCCGAAUGAGAAUGUGUUACAAGAGAAAGAUGUCACCCAAAUAAAUAGCAUUAAUUUGGUGGAAUUGGUUGAGGAUUCUCUCACACGUACAACCGUAAAUCCAUCGAAAGAUUUGAAUCAAACACAAUUGACCACAUUUAGUACGGAAAAGGAGUUGCUUGGCACUGAAAAUGUGUUUGAUGCAUCUAAAGGUGCACUUUUAUCUGGCAUUUUUUCCGUUAAUUUAAUUAAUGAUGUAAACGUUAAUGCUCUAAAUAAUACAUUAUAUUUGCGAAGCAAAACCGAAGAAAUGCUCAUUUCACCGUGGCAAAAACUCGUGUUCUUGGAUUCACCUUCAGCACAAAAUAUGCAAAUUGACAACAAUCAAACGAUUAACGGUGUUGGUGUUGACGAUGUGUUCUUUGCAUAUAGUCCAGUAUUCAAUAAGAAUUCAUCGAUGUUAUUUGAACAAAAUGUCCAUGGUCAAAAUGCACAGAAUUAUGUCAAUCAAAUUAUUGCCGAUGAAAGUUUUAAUACACAACUUGUAAAUGGAAUAUCUUUGGAAUAUUUUAUAAAUAAUCGAUGUAAGUUAUCGAUAGACCGAUUUCCACAUUCAGCAGUGUCGCAUCGAAUAAAUAAACCGCAGAUCAUUGAUGGAUCUUUUACGUUUGAAAAUUUGGUGGUAAGCGGCAAUGAUGUGAAAAUUGAACAAAUUAAUGAUGUUACAUGCGAUGAGAUUGUGUUAACACAUUCAACGGAAAAACAACAAAUAACCGGCUUCAAAGUAAUCGAUGGCAAUUUACCAUUUUUAUAUGUUGAAAAACCAUUUCACGUAUGGAAAACAAAUAAUCAUGAAUUUGUUUCGAUGUAUGCAAAAACAAUAUUGUUAAAUCAUAAGCAAUCAAUUGGUCGACUGAUUGUAAAACAACCAUUCCAAAUCAAAACGAAAACUGCAAAUAUUUCACGAAAUUUAAAUGAAGCAACAUUACCCAAAGAUUAAUAAAUGAUUUUAACAGUCAUUUUAUAAGUGGGGCUGCCAUCUAUUGAAUUGAAGUCACAUUACAUCAAUCAAAUGUCAUUUAUACUAAUAUUAUUAUUAUUAUUGAGAAAAGA